CUUGGCUAGGCCCAUUUGCUAAUGGAAUGCCAGACGCAUAUUACAGCCUGCGAGGUUUGCCGUUAAGGAAGAUUAGAUUCGGGGGCUUUGAGGUGACCGCCGGCCGGUCUGUGGCUCAUAUCGGCAGCGUUCAUCUCUUGACAUCCUCUGCGUCUCUUCAUAGGCAUCUCCCCAUCACACAUGCCACCGCCCAGUGUAAACCACCAAAAUCAACAGCCCCCACAACUAUCCCAUGGCUCCGGAGCCCAGUCCCCUUACUCCCCCACUUCGACUCGAUCAUCUGCCCCAGAUCAUGCCCCGCCCGGCUCCUCCACAGACCCGUCUCUGAGUCCGACCCUACGCUCUUCAGAGUUUGUUUUUCCCAGUCGCCCCGUCUAUCAAGGGAGGAUGUCUGACUUUCAAGGAUCCUCCAAUUCUGAAAACUCGCGCAAAACAUCUGAUGUCCAAGAGAGCGAUAUCGGGCUCGAUACCAUCACCCAGAUGCUUCAAAAAGACAAAGAAGCCGAUGAGCUCAAACCCCGACCUCGCCCCGGCGCCGCGACCUACCAUGGCAAACACGAUAGAGAUCAGCGUAUGUCUACUUCUAGUGCCGAGAACGCACCGGCGCCACAUCCGCAACAUGGGGCUUCAACGAUGGUGGGGAAAUUGAGCACGCCAUACUCGACGGACGAGGGCGAUGAGCGGCAACCCAGUCUGGGGUUCGACCAGGCAUUCCAAGGGCUGGAUCUUAGCGAUAAGGAAGGGCAGCGUGGGGAGGCGCAGGGGGAGGAAUCCUCAACGCCUCGCGACUCUUCAAAUCCUACCCCGACCCAUCCUUCCAUCGCCACACCCCAGCCGUACCCCGCCCAGUCUCCCAAUCCCCAGCUUGAUCACAAGCACAGCCGGCAUCCUACCGCCGAAAAUAGAAAAUGCCAUUCGUCUCCCUCGUCGUCCGACGACUCACCCGUCACUAUCGAUGCCGACGAGUCUGGUGAACCGUCUCUGGUCAGUGAUUUGAGCGGCAUCGUUCGGUUAGGCAACCUUGGCUGGGACGAUGCUGGGCCAAAUCCCCGGGCAAAGCAUGCAGCUCGCCAGGGUUCUGUCGAGGACUUUGUCAACGACCAGGCGCAGACGACAAACAUGCAAGACCCAAAUGCAUCGGGGCUUGCUGAUGAAGAAGGCGUGAAGAGGGGUGAAGCGGCAGGGCAGGAGAAGGAUACACAGGUUCAUGACCAGUUUGAAGAACCUCAAGACGAACCUGCUCUUACUGCUCGUUUUGAGCAUGUCAUGACUGAAGACGGGCAUCAUGUCAUUAAUGGCAGGGAAGGCGUCUUGAAGAAGUGUGAGGACGAGCCGAUCACGACGCCGGGGGCGGUACAAGGUUUCGGCGUGCUGAUGGUCUUGGAGGAGGAUGAGGAGAGUGGCAAGCUGGCGAUACGGCAGGUCUCAGAGAACUCGUCAAAGAUAUUGGGACUUUCGCCAAAAUACCUGUUCCAACUCGACUGCUUCACCCGCCUCCUCACCAACGAGCAGCACAAUGUCCUGCGCGAUAUGCUCGAAUACCUCCCCGACCCUUCCCACUACCUUUCCGAAGAAGCCAAGAAGGAUGCCACCAAAAGGCUCGUCGACCAAGGCCCCUUGGUCUUCCUGCUCUCUGGUUUCGGCGAGCCUGGCAGCAGUCACGCGGGGCAAAAAGGGGCCGCUUCGAGCUCGAGUGCGCAUGAAGGAAGACGGCAGUGGACUAGCUGGGUGGCAGCACACAGGCCCCAGGACAACACGCUGUUAAAGGUGGAUGAGCAACAGAAGCCGGUGCCACCGUCCAAUAUCAUCAUACUCGAGUUUGAGCUGGAGGAAGACUCGUAUAAUCCACCUUUCCCGACGCCGGAAGACACUCCCUUAGUACCACGCGCCCGGUCUCAUACCACCGACUCCGAGUCCGCUAGAGGUACCGGCGCGACCGCCGACUCCAAUUUCUCGGCAACCAGCGAGUCGGGUGAACAGGACGGGGACAUCCCAGAAGAGAAGGUCCAGGAGAGCACGACCAAUCGCGCUGUACCUCUGCAGGCUUUGAUGCGCAUGCGGGGGCAGUUGCCGGAUAAGAGUGGCUCGUCACGACCCCGGACGAGACCGAUACGUUCACGCCCUCCAGGGGGAUCUGGGACGAUGGAUACCUUUGCUGUCAUGAGUGAGAUCAAUGAGCAGCUUGGGGCAGCGCCCGACCUCGAAACCUUCCUCGACGUCACAGUGGGACUAGUGCAGGAUGUCUCGAGGUUUCAUCGGGUGAUGAUCUAUCAGUUCGAUGAGGCGAUGCACGGGGUGGUGGUGUCUGAACUCGCGGAUAGGAGCAAGAUGAAGGAUCUCUAUAGAGGCUUGAGGUUCCCGGCGGCAGACAUACCUCCGCAAGCGAGAGAGUUGUACAAGAUCAACAAGGUGCGGAUGCUGUAUGACAGACAUCUCCCCACGGCGAGGAUGGUGUUGAAAUAUCGAGAGGACCUUGAUUAUCCGCUGGAUAUGACGCAUUCUUACCUGCGUGCCAUGAGCCCCAUACAUUUACAAUACCUUGCCAACAUGGGUGCGUGCUCGUCCAUGUCCAUCUCCAUCAUGGCCUUUGGUCAGCUCUGGGGCCUUAUCGCUUGUCACUCGGCCGGGAAAUCGGGGAUGCGCGUGUCGUUUCCUUUCAGGCAGAUGCUUCGGCUAUUGUCAGAAUCGAUAUCGAAAAACAUCGAGAGGCUGAGUUAUGCGCAGAGAUUGAAGACGAGAAAGAUUAUUUCUACGGUCCCCUCGACGAAUCAUCCCACUGGCUAUAUUGUCAGCAAUGCGGACGAUCUUUUACAAAUCUUCCAGGCUGAUGCCGGGCUAUUGGUGAUUGGUGACGGCUGCAAGCUGCUGGGAAGGCAAAAACAGGGACCAUCUAUGAUGGCCAUCGCCGAGUACCUCCGUGCCAAGCAGCUCAUCGCUGUCAAAGCCUCCUCCUCACUUGUCAAAGAUUUUCCCGAUCUCACUCUCCCCAAGACACCCGACACCGCCGCCGGUCUUCUCUACAUUCCCCUUUCCUCUCAGGCCGGUCAAGACUUUAUCGUCUUUCUUCGUAGGAGCCAAGUCCGGGAAGUCCAAUGGGCUGGAAAGCCCUCCAAGGACGAGGCCAGCGAAGGGGCGAAUUUGCAGCCGAGGUUGAGCUUUGAUCUGUGGGUUGAGCAGGUGAUGGGCACCACUCGGGUCUGGUCGGAUGACCAGCUAGAGUCCGCGGGGGUACUUGCUCUCAUCUAUGGCAAGUUUAUCCAAGUCUGGAGGGAAAAGCAGACGGCUAUGGCUUCCAGCCAGCUUACCGCCAUUCUCCUCACCAACACGAGUCAUGCCAUACGCACGCCUCUCAGUCAGAUCAUCAACACUCUCGAGCUCGCUCUUUCUGGUACAAUCGACAAGAAGACGCGUAAUAUGCUUCAAAGCAGUCAUGACGCGUCUAGGUCUUUGCUCUUCCACGUCCACGACUUGCUUGACUUGACGCGAAUUGAAACGGGGAACGAAACGACUUUCAGAGAUCCUUUUGACCUUCGCCAGAGCAUCACGGAGGCUGUCCGCCUUUACGAGACCGAGAUAUCCAGGAGGGGUGUCGAGUUCCGAGUCAAGACUGGUGAGAAUCUGCCCAAGUUUGUCAUUGGCGAUUCGAAGAAAGUGCGCACCGUCAUCUCCAACCUGGUCGCAAACUCGGUCAAGUUUACAUCCAAAGGCUUUAUCGAGGUCUACUGCGGUGUACGGUCGCAAACUGCCACCUCUAACGACAAUGAACCUUCAGACCGAACGGUGAAUAUCGAGAUCGUCAUCAGCGACUCUGGAUGUGGCAUUGCCAACGACAAGCUCCAGGCAAUGUUCCUCACUCUUGAGGGCUCCGAAGAGAGCUCGCAGGACUCGGGCGUGGGUCUAGGAUUAGCUGUAGUUGCUCGUAUCGUCGAACAGCUACAAGGUCAGCUGCGCGCAGAGUCAGAGGAGGGCAUUGGUACGAGGAUAUUAUUCUCCCUUCCCAUGAAGGUUCAUGACCCGACCCGUCCCAAAGCAGCUCGGUCACGGGACUCUAGAAGUACUUCAAAGAAAACCUCUAGUCGAAAGCGUCGAUCCAGCACCAAGUCCAAGGCGGCUCUUCGGUUUGAUCGGUCACACGUGCCCGAUAUCGAUUCAUUUGUGCAAGAUUUGCAGAGCAAUCAUCUUUCUGCUGCCCCCGAGGACGAUGAGAGGCUCGAAGCUGCUGGGGUCAGGAUGAGCCAGCCUGGGUCAUUCCCCGUAGCCGACUCGAGUUUCCCCGUCAUGCCAGCAAAGCUCUCCACCGAAGCAGAAGCUCUCGCAAGAUCACCAUCACCUGAGCGGGAUAACGUUCGCCAAGGGUCCUUAAGAUUUCGCCGAGAGUCCUCUGACCAGUCAUCUCAGUCCUCCUCUCAGUCUCAUUCUCAGACCUCUACCGUGCCCUCUCCCGCUUCCUCUCCCAACAAUGUCGUAACUCCUUCCGAGAGCAUACCUUCAGCCUCUCCGAAGCAAAGCAAACAGGGCCUAGAGGACAAGUCCCAGCUUCGUGUCAUGGUUGUUGAGGACGAUGUUAUCAACUCUCAGAUAUUGCAAAAGAGGUUGAAGAUGGACAAGCAUCUUGUAGUUGCGGUCACAAAUGGGCAGGAAUGUGUGGAUUUCUUGAGAAAUGACAGGAAUAUAGAUGCGAUUUUGAUGGACAUUCAAAUGCCAAUCAUGGACGGGCGUUCUGCUGCCCGGGAGAUUCGCAAACUCGAAAGCGAAAGCAAGCCACCAUCCGAUAUCACGCCCUUACUCGUCGACGGCCGAAUACCUAUAUUCGCAGUCUCAGCGAGCUUGUACGAGAGUGAUAGGACGAACCUGUCAGAGAACUUUGAUGGGUGGUUGUUGAAGCCUCUAGACUUUUCGCGUAUGCGCGCAAUCCUGGCUGGCCUGCAAGAUCCGUCAAAGAGGUCGGAAGAAGUGUACAAGCAAGGGAAUUGGGAGGCGGGUGGAUAUUUCCGAGGUACGUCAAAGGGCCGUCUUCGUCCAGGAUAGCUGCUCAUACGGCGUACAGGACCCGAGUCGGUUCCUUCAAGCCCAUCCUCCUCCCCUCCGUCGUCGGACGUAUAGAUUAGAUUGACUUGGUGUUUAGGGGUGCUGCAGUGCUUGAGGGCGAUGAUCAGGGAUAUCAUGUUGUAUCAGCCUUCGUUUGUGAUUAUAGAACCUGGUGUUCUGCCGUAUUACGUUCUCGUUUAUCUUUGCCCUUUGAGGCUUAUCUCUUUCAAACAUCUUGAUCUUUGUUACGCCUUGUGUCAGAUCUGUACCGAUUAUCAGUAGUUAAUCAUAUAGCGCAUACAUACAUAGAGUCGCAGGCAUGUCCAGGGUGUGAUGAUAUCCUCCUUGAGCUUCUUGUCUGUCGCGUAAAAGACAUGCCUCUGUCGAUACCUAUCCACCUCUUUUCACCUGCAUCACCUGAUCACAUGGUGUCUUCUCUACCCCGUCCGGAGCCCCAUAUUGCCCGGAGAACUACUCGCUGGAAUCGGUGGAAAAGCAAGAGCAGUUGGGA